GAGGAUCUUGUCUCGACCUCGCGAAUCCGCGUGCCGAGCCACCCUGUUCAAUUUUCAUCUCGUUGUAGGCGCUCGUUUUGCGUAUGUAGCUGGGGGUAUGAUAAUACCUUUGCGUCUGGUGGUGCAAUCGUGGGGUAGAAAAAUCGAGCGGGUGGAACCACCCCUCAUCAAUUUUAUUUUAUUUGCAACACAGAAAUUCGAUGGCUGGAUAUGCAACUAGUACAGUAUGUAUCAAUUGUGUUGCUAGUGAUAACAGCCAUAAUUUUGCUUUGCACACAAACCUUGCCCAGUCGCUUUCUGGGAGGUGUCGCUUCUUUUGUACUGGCAGCUCGCGCUGUCUUGCACACCAAGGUGCUGUAAGAGAUAACUUCUCAAUCACAUAAUCAUUUUAUGUGGAAGCUUAUCAUUUGGUCAUGACUAAUUUUAUUGUAUUAUUAGUAAAAAAACUUGCAAAGUUUCAAAUAAAUUCUCUGAGAAUCCAACUACCGGACCAAUCUUGUAGCUCGUUUCAUAUAUGUGGCACUUAAUGGAUGUGAUAGUCUCUGAAAUGCGAGACUAGAAUUUUCACCCAGCAUGACAGCAAAUUAUGUUAUUUAUAUAUACAUUUUUUUGCUCCUUUCUGGGUUAAGCAUGUACAUAUUUCUAAGUGCUCCUGUAAUUAUUAUACAUAUUUCUAAGUGCUCCACAUCUUUGUAUUAUUCUGGAUAGUAGUAUAUUUCCUGGACCUUUUUCCCCCGAUUUAAUGAUCUAAAAUGGUGUGCAGAUUAGGUUUUUAAAUGGACGAAAUAGAAUUCUUUUUGGACGGAUAUAGCAUGGCCUACCUGAGAAGGAAGUAUUCAUGCUUGUGGUCAGCUUGACUGAUAUCAAACAAUGGCGGAACACUUGGCUUCAAUAUUUGGUACAGAGAAAGACAGGGUCAACUGUCCAUUUUACUUCAAGAUUGGAGCUUGUCGUCAUGGCGAUCGCUGCUCUCGCAUCCAUAACAGGCCAACCAUAUCACCUACUAUUGUGCUCAUGAACAUGUAUCAGCGCCCUGAUAUGAUUACCCCUGGGGUUGAUGCUCAAGGCCAGCCGAUAGAUCCCCGCAAGAUGCAGGAGCAUUUUGAAGAUUUUUAUGAGGAUAUCUUUGAGGAACUGAGCAAGUUUGGUGAGAUUGAGACCCUCAACGUCUGUGACAACCUUUCUGAUCACAUGAUAGGCAAUGUGUAUGUCCAGUUCAGAGAGGAAGAUCAGGCAGCAGCAGCUCAUACCGCCCUUCAGGGACGCUUUUACUCUGGUCGCCUAAUAAUUGUUGACUUCUCUCCUGUGACGGACUUCCGUGAAGCGACCUGCAGGCAGUAUGAGGAGAACACCUGCACUCGUGGUGGGCACUGCAAUUUCAUGCAUGUGAAGCAGAUAGGUAAGGAUCUCAGGAAGAAACUCUUUGGGCGCUACAGGAGAUCGCAACGAGGAAGGAGCCGCAGCCCAAGCCCACACCAUAGGAGAGAGCGUCGUGACCGUGAUGACUAUCGUGGCCGUGAUGAUUUCCGUCGCGGUGGUGGCGGCGGUGGACGGAGGGGUGGGAGCAGCAGGCAUGAAAGGCACGACGAUGGAGGAAGGCGUAGGUAUGGAGGCAGCCCUCCGAGGCGUGCAAGAAGCCCUGUGAGGGAGAACAGCGAGGAGCGCAGGGCCAAGAUCGAACAGUGGAAUCGUGAGAGGGAGGCGAAGUAAGGGUGACCACUGUCGUCUGGGUGUGUCCUGUGCUGUUCUUCUAUAUAUUGGUUUUCGUUCUGUAGUUGCUACUAUGCUUGAUUUGCUUUUCUGUUCCUGUAAUUUAGGUGACUUCAUCCUGAGACUUUGAAAUUGUCACUAGUGUGCUGCCGGAAACUUACGUUUUAGCUACUUCGAACUUAAUCGUACUAUAGUUGUUUCCCA